GUCGUGUAACGGUUGUUAAUGUCCGUGUUGACACCUGUGUUUUUAAACGGCUUCUCACGAUCAAAUCCGAUAUUAAAAUAUUCAUGAUUCAUGGCGAUAAUUGUGUCCAGAUUAGCUAUAUUUUGUCAUCUCAAGAGUCCAGAUGGUGAACAGAAAGCAGAGGAGAGUUUUGCGGUAUGUGGAGGAGGGCAGUCUUUUAAAGUUGAAGUCGUAUCUUCGUAAACACAAGGAUCUGGAGCUGAAUUUCACCCGGGGGAAAAGGCACAGAGGCCUGUUACACAUUGUCUGCUCUCGCGGUGACGAUGACAUCCUCCGACUGCUGCUGAAACAUGGAGCAGAUCCGCUCCAAACAGACAGAAAUGGAGAAACACCAUUACACCUGGCCGCCAAUAGAGCCCUUAAGUACGGCAAGAGAGUUUAUGAAGACUUGGUGGUGCCAUUACAAAAACACUGUCCAGAAGCAAUGGAGAUUUCAAGUAAAGCAGGAGUGACUCCUCGUGACCUGCUGCAGUGGAUGCAAUCUGAAAAGAAACAGGGGGGCUUAGGAAAGGAAUCCCCAUGCGCUGUUGAUCCCGAGCAACAAUGGAGAGAGAAGCUGUUAGGUGAAUGUCAGGAUGAGUUUUUUGAGACAUUUGGACAGUAUGACGAUGAUUUCUUAUAUGAUGACAAAUAUGAAGAAGACUUUGUGGGCUGGGCGGAGCGGAUCAGACGGGAGUAUGUUGGCAAACAACGUGCCAGAGAACAGAGACAAGCAGCUUCCUUGGGAAACAAGAGGUCAAAGGGUCGGAAGGAGACUGAGGAGGAUGAAAGGAGUCGCAGGGAGCUGAUGGCCAGGCUGGAGCGAGAGCAUGCUGAGUAUCUGCAGCGUGCAGCACGUAAAGAGGAGGAGACGCGGCAGGGGAGGAAGAGGCGUUACGAGGAACGUUGUGCCGCCACAUUUCAGAGCUCCUCGAGCAGGGCACCUGAAGGACUGCUGGGAUACGAUGACAUCCCGUGGCCGGCUCCUCGCGGUUCCCCGGAGGACAUGGUUGCUGUUAUGUUGCACGGUGCUGACCGAUCUGAUGUGCCCACUUUUCGGAAGGUGCUUCGCCGGCAGCAGGCGCUCUGGCACCCGGAUAAGUUCUCCCAGCGCUGUGGAGGCCGUUUGGUGGACUGUGAUAGACAGAAAAUCCUGGACACAGUCACUGCUCUCUCACAGGAGCUCAACAGACUUGCACAGAGCCUCAGAUGACAUAGACUUCACUGAUCUGAGUUUGAAUCUGUUUAACUGCAGUAUUUGAUCUCAAGCUAAUGUGUGUGAUUAAGACAUUCCGUGAUUUUAACUCAAAUCAAAUUAAAAACAAAGGAAAAGUGGAAUUUCUGUCUCAAUUUAAUUCGAUUCUGUAAUAGUUGCUUUGCCAACUUGGAAUAAGAGUUGCAAAAAAGAAAUACUGAAAAAUUCAAAUAUUAAGCUCUGAUUAAUAUCAAAUCUCUAGACUGGUAUAAAUUAAACAUAACCUUCCUGAUGCAAACCUUUUCUGUAACAAAAGUCAAAUGAAGAUAUUUUAAGUAACGUUUUAAGGAAUUUAAUACAUUUUGCAACAUUUUCACAUGUUUGCUUGUAAAAUAUGAAUAUUCUAUGUUAUAUAUAUAUAUAUAUAUAUAUAUAUACUAUACAUUUUUUUGAUUUAGCAUUGACCCUGCAGUUCUAUUAUGAACCCCUAGGGAUGAGCAAACUCUGAUUAUGAAAGACUGUCCUAGAUGAAAAUGCAAGGCUAGGACAUGUUCCAUGCCAAUACUGUUGCAAAAUUUAUAUCAUAGGGCAUUUAGCAUAUACAUAUAUAAUAGUGAAACAUUGCCUUUCUCAACUACUACAGUAGUUUCAAGAUGAUUGAAACUAUAGCUGCACUAUAGCUGCAAAUAAGACAUGGGUACAGGGUUAAAGUAAACAAACAUGUUUGUAAAUGCACAUAUAGUUUGAUUAUAUUUUCAUUUAACUUUCCUCUUUGCUUCAUGCGGUCUGUAUGGUCCCUUCUGAGUAUUUAAAGAAUAUUGCUUUUGUCUUGAGUUAUGUUGAGAAAGCAUUUUAGUAUGAAAAUAAAUCAGAACUGUUAAUGUAAAGUA